GAGCUGCGGGGGCAGGGGGGGAAUGCAUUUCUGAGUCAGACAAGAGUCACUUGUUCACUGUAAGCCUCAGUUUUCUCAUCUGUAAAAUAAUGGUAAUGAUAUCUACUUUGCAGGCGGUUGUGAGGAUAGAAAGAGUAAAAGUGCCCGGCAUAUGCCUGAAGUGCAGAGGAUGCUGGGAAGCUUCCCCGAUGACUCCAUUCCCAACCAAGUGCUCCUCCUCCGGGCUCUCAGAACAUCCUGUGCCCACCUCAGUCUUUGCAUAUCCCACUGCAUGCAACAGAGACAGAGCACAAGCAGGGGAGGGGCAGAGAGAGCGGGAGUCACAGAUUCUGAAGCAGCCUCCAGGCUUUGAGCUGUCAGCCCAAUGCAGGGCUCGAACCCACGAACCGCGAGAUCAUGACCUGAGCAGAAGUCGGAUGCUCAACCGACUGAGCCACCCAGCUCCUGCAGCCCCAGGGAGCCUCCCCUACCUUGCUCCAUGGCCGCUGUCUCUGGUUCCUGGGCCACUCUUCACAGAACAGCUGGGUGGCUUGGAGCUUCAGGAAACUGGUCCUGUGAGAACAUUUAAGACCUGGUCUCUUGACACUGGGGUUGUUUCCUUAUCUUGGCUACUGUCAAUAAUGCAGCAACAAACACGGGAAUGAAGGUUUCUCUCAGGAUAGUGAUUUUAUUUCCUUUGGAUAAAUACCCAGAUGUGGGAUUGCUGGGACAUAUGGUAGUUCUAUAUUUAACUUUUUGAGGAACCUCCAUACUGUUUUCCACAGUGCCUGCACCAGUUUGCGUUCCCACCAACAUGCACAAGGAUUCCCUCUUCUCCAUAUCCUCACCAACACUUAUUAUCUCUUACCUUUUAAUGAUAGCCAGGUAAUGAUAACUUUAUUUUUUGAAGUUUAUUUAUUUAAUUGGAGGGAGGAGGGGCAGAGAGAGAUGUAGAGAGAGAAUCCCAAGUAGGUGCCACGCUGUCAGCCCGACAUGGGGCUUGAAAUCACAAACUAUGAGAUCAUGACCUGAACUGAAAUCAAGAGUCAGACGCUUUAUCAACUGAGCCAGCCAGGCGCCCCUAAUGAUAACUUAAAAAAUCACAGGGGCGCCUGGGUGGCUCAGUCGGUUAAGCGGCCGACUUCGGCUCAGGUCAUGAUCUCGCGGUCCGUGAGUUUGAGCCCCGUGUCAGGCUCUGUGCUGACAGCUCAGAGCCUGGAGCCUGUUUCAGAUUCUGUGUCUCCUUCUCUCUGACCCUCCCCCGUUCAUGCUCUGUCUCUCUCUGUCUCAAAAAUAAAUAAACGUUAAGAAAAAUUUUUAAAAAAUCAGUUUAAAAAAAAAAUCACAAUGAAUAGUGGGAGGAAGUCCAGAAAGAUAUGUGGCAAACUGUUAGCAGAGAUUUCUUCUGGGAUGAGGAACUAUAGGUGAUUUUUCUUUUGUUUCUUUUCACCUUUCUGGUCUUUCCAAAUUAUCUAGAAUGAGCACAAAUGAUUUUGAGUGGGACUGGCCCAGCCAUCCCUGUGCUCUCAGGGGACAGCAGAGAAGUCCUGCCAGGUAUCUCUGGCUGGUCCCCUGGUGGCACAGUCACUGUCUUCCCAGGCAGCCCUCCCCAGACUUCCCUCCAGCCUCCAUCUGCAGGCUAAGACCAUUUAAAUGGAGAGACCUGGGGUCCUUAAUUCCAGAGAGGCUGAUUUAAGGGAAUCAUAUUGGCCUUAUUUUGUGACUGGGGACUUAAAGCAGGAGAGAGAUAAGACAGGAAGAGCAGAGAGGGCCCAGCCAAUGCAGCUGGCAGCCAGGCCAGGGGACCAGCCAGCAGCAAUAAGUAGGUUCUUAGCACAGAAGAGAGAACACUGUUGAUAAAUUAAGAGGUCUUUAUUGUCUCUUCCCAAGAUGCACAGAGGUUCUAAUAGUGCUUCAUUCACCCCAAGCAGGCCAGGAACCGGACAGAGAAGGGGCAAAGAUAACAUUACACCUUCAGGAGCAGAAAAGGCCAAGGUGGGGCUGCCAGAGGGCUGGAAAGGUAUCAGGAGUGGGGGGUAGGGAAGGGGCUAGGGGAUGAAGAGGGGAGCAGUAGGAAGGGUGCUGGGCUCAGGGAGA